GUGUGGUGGUGUGAAGGUAGUAGAGGCGACAGCAGCAGCAGCAGUAAUUGUAGUAGUAGUUGUAGUAGUAGUAGUAGUAGUAGUAACUUCUUGAUCUCUCUUUGAAGGGAGAAUCUAAGGAAAUUCAAAAGUAGUUGGGAAAAAAACAAAUACAAGAAUAAAGCAAAAACGAAAAAGAAAAAUGGAAAGGAAUAAUAACAACAACAAUAACAGCCUGAUUAAGGAAACAACUGCCAAGCAGUAAGUUCGACCUGUUAGAAACAGUAGUGAAAUCUUCAAAGCGGAUUCUACCAUCUUCACUGGCAUUCCGUCCUGAACAACGAUGAGGGUUCCAGUUAUCUGGAUCAACCGAACAGUCUGUUUGUAAUAUUAACGUACAGGUGGCUGAGUACUCCACAGACAUGCAUACAUUAACGUAGUUCUCAGGGAGAUUCAGCAUGACACAGAAUGCGACGAGGCUGGUUCUCCCCCCUUUGAAUUACAGGUACGUCUCAUUUUUGCCCGCUGAGUGAACUGGAGCAACGUGAAAUAAAGUGUCUUGCUCAAGGGAACUGAAUGCCGCCGGGAUUCUGAGCUGAAUACCUCAACCUGCAAAGCCAUGCGUUUUUAGCUUUUUAAUAAGUGAAAUAGAAAGAGAAACGUGUAGAGAUGUUUACUAAAUCCAAACCACCACAGCUACAACUAAUAACUGCUAUUACAGCUGAUAUUGACAGGAGAGUAAGGAGCAUUUCUUACAUGACACCUCAGUUUAGGAGACGACUUACCAUAAGGGAUAUUCAAAAAACAAAACGAUGAGCUGUUGUGAUGUCCAUUAUGCUUUUAAAAGAAUAAAAUGUAAUAAUAUAAAUAAUAGUAACAAUAAUGAUGACGAUGAUGAUGAUGACGAUGAUAAUAAUAAUAAUGGUAAAAAUGACAACAGCAGCAGCAGUACUAACAAGAUCUGGACCCUGAAACCCCAUGGCUGGACACUGGUGGUUUCUCUCGUUCUGCUUUUAAUGGCACAGCUAGGAUCAGCAGGAACUUGUGACAAUCAUCAUAAACGAUUUUCUCCGUACCCUUGCAGGCAAAUUAAACGCACCAAAGAAGACCUGACAUUCGACUGCACCGUUUGCAUCAGACCUUACUGUAACAAUUCUAAAAAACAGAAGAAACUCCAAGAAUUUCCAGAAUCCAACCUUAAACUCGAAGGCAUCAAUAUUUAUGAUUAUGAAUUUAAUCCUGAAAUCUAUGACAGUGACUUAAUUCCAACUCUCAACUUAACCAUUUCUCUGCCAAAAGGAGAAGCAUUACUGCAUACGAACGGUGUCCGUCUCGAUAUAUGGAGCUUUGCCAAUGGUUCACAUUACAAUUAUCCAGGAAUUUGCCGUUAUUUACGAUUUUCAAAUGUUCAAUUUAAGCCUGACAGUAAGCUGGCAUUGCUGAAUCACAAUUGCUUCUGGAUAUCGAAGAAUAAAGUAAAUAUAACAUACUUCAUAAAAAUAUCUCUCUACCCAAGCACUCAGGAAAUUGUCUAUGAUGCAAAGAUUAUAGAUGAAAAGACAAUCCUGGCUACUGCUGCCAUAUUUCCUUUGGGAACAAUCCAUGCAAUACUUGGAAUCAGUCCAACUUCAAAAGAAUUUCUGAAACAGUUCAAGCUUACCAAUUUGGACUCAUUAAAGAACUUAACCAUAUACACAACACAGAACUCAGUCUUAUUCAGUAAUCUUGAUUCUGGAAAAUAUCAAAUAACUAUCCAUUCGAGUCAGAUUAAUUCCAAAGAUGGUCUUCUUUCUGCUAUUAUUUACAUCAAAAGACCCCCUGAAAAAUUCCCUUCUCUAAUUAUCCUGCUGUCACUGCUGCUACUGAUAACAAUUACAUUGCUUGUAAUCUGUCUUCUCUCAAGAAAACAUAUUAAAUCCAUGCUUGUAGGUCAAAAGACAUCAGGCACUGUACUCUUAGUGACUUUUCACGAAGAUUCCCAUGAUGAACAACUUACCCACAUAUUGAAAAAUGUUUUUGAAAAGAACUUCAAAUGGAUUGUAGACACGGUUGAUGCAAAAGAACACUCCCGUCUGAACAACUAUCCCACUUUCCAAGAGCAAGCUAUUUUCUUUAUCAUGCCAUCUCAUUGGAAAUGCGAUGCAGAUUCAAGAGAAAUGACAGCGAUAUUUGUUUUCAAUAGUUUAUCUACGAAUUCUUCUCUGCCAGCAGCUGUUAUCUACCAACAGGCUAAGACAGAUAUACCGAAAUGCUUACAUAAACUACCAAAAUUUCAUAUCAUAGAAGACAUUAUGAAAAUAUUUAAGCAUGUGUAUAAAACAUAUGAUGUACAUAGCAAGUGUUUAUCUCUUGUCAAACUCAUUUUUUCGCCUGUUCAUCAAGACCAAAUUUAUAAAUGUUCCACUUGGAAAAAACUGAAAGAAUCCAUUGAAGGAUUGUCAGACUCUGAAUGUUUUUGUGAAGACAAAGCCACACAGGGGUCGACGUUAUUGGCUCCCCACACAUUUCAGGCCUUGUUCCUAGAGUAGAAUGAAAAAAAAAAACAAAAAAACUCGGUGGCAUAUUGGCUCCUAUUUCUAGCAAUCCAUGUACUGUCUUUUUCACCGUAAUGAUCUCUAUCCUUAUAAAAAGCAAAGUUUAUUAUUUGUGUUCGUAUGUUGAGCUUUGAAAACACUAAAUAUAAAAAGGAAAGUUUCUUUGUUUCUACAUUGACCAAUGAAAACACUCAAUAAAAUUGAUGAUAUUCCAGGUUUUUGACCAUUCCACAGAUAACUGUGCACUUAUUUUCCGAAAACAGAAUGGUGAGAGAGUAAAUUGGUGGUGUAUUGGCUCCUAUUUCUAGCAAUCCACGUACUGUAUAUUUUUUUUAAUAGCAUGAGUGAGAUUAUACUAUUAAUGGAAAGAAAAUACCGUAAAUCCUCGAGUAUAACACGCAGGAGAUUUUUAGUGGGGGGGAGCUGUACCUCUGAAAAACCUAAACCUUGUGUAUAAUACGCACCCCUUCUCUAACUUGAGUCAAGGAGGUCUAUAUAACAUCCUUGGUUUGUAAACAUAUAUACAGUACCGUCCUUUAUUAUUAUUGUAUAUAUAACAAUGCAAACGUGUAGCUUUUUUGUGGACUUUGCUUGCAGAAAAUAAAUAACAGUAAUAACGUCAGUGAAAAAUAAAUAUUAAGUAAAUUGGCUUUCACAUAAUUUAUCACUAUCAGUUACAAAAGCAAAAACAUUUAUUCAAAUCCUUCAAAUUCAACGUCACUUUCAGCAUCAAAUAACUGUUCCAUUUGUUCCUCCGUAAACAUGUCAGCAUCAUUGUUCUGUAAAUCUUCGUCAUUGUCAGAUUCAGAGUCAACAUCAGAAGAUUCACUUUCAUUUAUUUCAUCUUUCCAUACAACGUUAUCCUGAGUACCAUCCAGUGCAGACGAUAUACAUUUGAUAAAACUUUUCAUAAUAAUCUGGGGAUCAAGUUCAUUCCAUGCAUACACGAUCUAUUUGCAUGUCAAAGUAAUGUACAAGUUUAAGUCCCGCUUAUAAAAAACCAUAGUAAAGACCCACAGUAGUUCAAAUAUUUAAUACUGGUAUUUUUAAUUAAGUAUCUAUUUGUUUGCCACGGUAAUGAUGCAAACUGCCAAUACAAAGAGCAUGAUGAACUACUUAGAGCUUAACUAUUAAGCUCAACUAGUGCGUAAUUAAGCCAGCAACACCUGGUUAAACAAACACUCUCGCGCAUACGUAAUACAAUAAUGGUGAUGAUCUUAACUGUUAUAGGGGAACGUAAAUAUGUUUGCAAAUUGUCUUUGUUACAUGUUAUUCUGUGUUCUGAAUACUUUUGUUUUAAUAAAUGCUGCUUACUGCAAGUUAUG